UGAUCGUGACGUGUGCGCGUGAUUUUGUGCAUGUAUACGCUGCGGUCUCUCGUGACCGGUGCGCGACGUUGUAUCGGCGCGAUGUCCGCUGUCACGACGAGCGGGAAGCCGGAGGUGGUUUUCAUCCUGGGCGGUCCGGGCGCCGGCAAGGGCACCCUGUGUCGCUACAUCGUCGAGCGUUUCGGUUAUGCCCACCUGUCAGCUGGCGAUCUGCUGCGCGAGGAACGCGUCAAGCCCGGGUCCCAGUACGGCGAGCUCAUCGAGACGCACAUCAGGAACGGCACGAUCGUCCCCGUGGAGAUCACCUGCAGCCUCAUCGACCGUGCUAUGCAAACUUCCGACAACCCUCACAAUCGGUUCCUCAUCGAUGGCUUUCCUAGAAAUCAGGAUAACCUCGACGGUUGGAAUAAGGUGAUGGCGGACAAAGUUAUACUGAAAGGCGUAAUAUUCUGUGAAUGCAAUGAGGAAGUUUGCACUCGACGUUGUCUGAAUCGUGGUGCCAGCGGUAGCGGUCGCAGCGACGAUAAUGAGCAAUCUUUGGUUCUUCGUCAUCAGACUUAUCUGAAAAAUACAUUACCAAUAAUAGAAAUGUACGAGCGACAGGGUUUAGUUUAUAAAGUUAAUUCUAUGAAGACACCGGAAGAGGUGUUUCAGGAUGUCGCAGAAUUCUUCCCUAAAAUAGGAUGGUAAUAACAAUGGUUCUAAAGGCAUUUCUCUUUUAAAACAAUUCUAAUAAAUAUAUUAUUGUACUUUUUGGUAAUGAGGAAUAUGAAGUUCUAUAUCUAUACUUUAUAUGAUCACAUUUUUACAUGAUAUCUUUAUUUUAUAGAAUGUAUCACACUUUAUUUAUAGAUAGAACAGAUUUGUUUUACUUUGCUGAUACCUAUAUUUAUUCCAAUCUUUGUAUACACAAAUUUUAUUGGCUAAACAUUCCUUGACAAAUGUACAAUAAUACAAUGCAAUUACGGGUGAUAUUGAUAUAACAAUUGAAAAACAUUAAAUAUCCUGUAAAUAUCCUGUCAGAAGUACGGAGAACGACCCGUAUUGUAAAUUCUUUGAUAUAAUGUUAUAUAUAGUUGGUACACGGCGUACACGGCGUACAUGGCUUAUACAUAUAUUUAUAGAACAAAUGUUCAAGUAACGUGUUAUCAUUAUUGGAUUAUAUCGAAUGAGAAUUUAACGAUCGUUAGGAAAAAUCGUAUAUUAAUGCGAGAAAAGACGGAAGUGAAGUUAAGUGGAAAAAAUAUGUAUUAUGUAUUUUUAA